AUGACUCUGGAGUAUCAUACUCCUGCCAAUUAAACUUAUAUGAUGAAUUCGAAUCACAGAUUAUUGAAUUUUAAAGCCGUUGUUUCCCAAUAAAAUUAAACAGAUGUAUCGAAGUCAGAUUUUAAAAUUUCAUUUAUAAAUAAAAUUAAAAAGUCCAAUGACCAUCAUUAUAAAGUAAAUAAAAACAAUGAAGGUUCAUAUUCAAAAUUAGCAGAAUCUUUGAGAAACAGUUCAAACUAAAAUAAUAUGGUUGAAGUUAAAAUUAUUGAUAUACCUAAAUAAAACGUAUUAACAACAAAAAACCAAGAUAGCCAUUAAAAUAUUAUGACAAGUCAAAAUCAUUAAGUUAAAAAAUAAUCUUUAAAAAUAAAUUCUGAGAGAAACAAGGUUGCCUUUACUAAACCAAUUUAAAAGCAUAAUUCAUUUCAUGCAAAGGAGUCUAGUGAUAUUCAAACCAAUUUGAGACAAAAUGUUCCAAAGAAAUUAUAUGAUGUGCAUGAUGAAAUCAAGAAAAUCAUAAAGGAUGAUAAUAAAUUAGAGAAGGCAGUUAAAAUUUAUAAUACUUUAAAGCAACUGGUUCAAUAACAAUCUAUAUUCUAAUCAAGAGAGGUUGGCUAAAAAGAUUAUAAAAAUAGAAUAAUCCAAUGA